GUUAUUUUCUUUUGGCCAGAAAGAUGUUGUGACUUGUGAGAGCGGGUAACUUCGCGCAGCCUUAGCUGGGAUCAUGCCGCUUCCGCGAGUGUAUUACAGUGCUUUGACGGGCCCAGCGAUCCCUGGCUCAGUUGUGCCAUUUGAUGCUCCGAUUGAAGAGAACGUCGGUGGUGAACCCUCCUUUGACUCUGUGGAAGUAAAUCAGAAUGACGGGCAGUUCUUAUCCACGUUGUCUUCUUCCUCAUCAACUAAGGCGCCGUUUUAUUCUGCUGACUAUGGUCAUGAAAAUGACUCAUAUUUCUAUGACGAUCUCAAUGCGUCUAUGGCUACGACGAUUAACUACAUCAUGGCAUUUGAUGGACAAAUGUAUCCAAGUCGCUAUUCUGUUGCAAGAAUCGCCAUCACAUCUGAAAAGCAUUGCCGCGAGUACCAGCAGCAACAACAACCCUUAUACGAGCAAAAAUUGUAUCCCCGAGCCGUGGAUUACAUGCGAACAAGAACGCCGAAACGAGCAGCGGCCAUGAUAGCGAUUGUGUGGUUGGUGGCUGCAGGAAUAUCCAUUCCACCCCUUCUCGGCUGGUCGCAUCCGCAACAAGAAGGCGAUUUCCCGUCUUGCGAGUUGAGCGAAGACAUCGGCUACGUGCUGUACUCUGCCCUGGGCUCGUUUUACAUCCCAUCUUUCAUCAUGGUCAUCGUGUACAUUCGGAUCUUCUUCGCGGCACGAGAACGCGCUCGGAAGAACAUCCAGGCCAAGAAGAAUGCAAUGGCUGCUGCUGCAGCCAACAAGAACAAAUUGAGUUGUAAACAGAGCGAUGACUCGGAUGCCGCGCCUCCAUUGCCACCGAGUGGUCAACAGACUGGUGGAGGAAAUAACAGAUCGUCAUUGCGACCGAAAGGCUCUACGACGUCGCAGGGCAGCAGACACAGCCAACAUAGCCCACCCCAGUCGACAGGCUGCCUAAGCCUCAAGCGACAUCGUGAACGAUCGGGCUCAUUCGAAAUGCGUGGGCUCGCAGGUCUCACCGGGAAGAUGGGCGCCCAGUUGGGAGUGGCGGUGAUGGAACAAUUGUCCAUGCCUUCGAACAAUUUGCAAGAAAUUGCGGAUGCUAUUUCCAUCACUGGGGAGUUCAGCGAGUUCGAUGCUUCAAGCAGCACGGAUUUGGGUUACGCUGCCUACUGCUCUAGCGUCAUAAAGCCUAUGCGCCACAAGUUCAAGGCACUCAAGUCUAUCUUCUCUCGACGACGUGCCGAUGUACCGCAAGAGGACCAUGUGGAGUUAUCCAAGUUGGCAGCAGCGAACCGACCAAAGGCUUCCAUGAUGGCUUCAUUCAUGCGCGACCCCGAAAAAGAAAAACGUCGCAUUGCGAGGCAAAAGGAGAAACGUGCAACUUUUGUUCUUGGACUGAUUGUUGGAGCCUUCAUCUUGUGUUGGUUGCCGUUUUUCCUCCUUUACGUUAUUCAAGCGAUUUGUCACGAAUCCUGUCAUAUCCAAGAAUGGGGGUUUGCAACUGCGUUUUGGUUGGGCUACGCGAAUUCCGCGUUCAAUCCAGUCAUCUACACCAUUUUCAACAAGGACUUCCGCAACGCAUUCCAUAAAAUUCUUUGCAAAUGAAUCAAUUUUGGUCUGGGUUUCCAAGACUAGAAUGUACAAGCAUCGUUUUUGCUCUGAACGGACGGGAUUUGUGUGGACUUGCAAAGUUCACUUUUGUUCCGAACCAAUGUCUUCGUUCACCGAAUAUUCGAAGACUUUUUUUUUCAUGCGACCUGAAAGAAUGUGGUCGACGUUGAUAUUGGCUUGAGAAGAAGUUUUCUCUUUUGCCUGGGUUGAAAAAGAAUCUGGUGUAGUGGAACCAGAAGAGGAGUUGGACGAAUACUUGUCGAGUGAUAGGCUUCCAGCCUUGAAUUUCGUUGGGGAAUUUUAGUACAGUAUGUCCUGUUAUUCGAGAAUUUUAGUACAGUAUCUCCAGUUAUUUGGGACUUAUUGUAAUGAGAAGCUAUUUCAUUCUAUUCAUAAGCAUGGUUGGAAGCAUGCGCGCGUAGUUCUAGGAAAAUCAUCGCAAUCUUACAGGCAUUUUUCUGGUUUGGAGAGGAAUGCUUGAAAUCCUCGAAGGAUGAUGUACUGUACUAACGGCUAUUUCUGUGGGAAACAGCGAAAAUUUGGACGAGGAAUGAAGUCAACUAAGCAAGAAUUGAAUAGUGAUUUUUCAAGGGAAACCCAGUAUUGUGAUUUGUGUUCAAUACCGUGAAAGCUUGGUUCAAAAUGGAAUUUUGGUGUGUUCAUCAACGAAAGAAGCUUCGAACCAUAUUCAAGGACAUGCUUUAAUGCAAUUUUAUGGUGUUCUGGAAACUAAACGAAGAAUCUCACUCUUAGUACUCGAGUCGAAAUUGCUUCGUUUUUUUUGCAUUAAUGCGAUGUUUCGAUUCACUUUUUUCGGUUUGGUAACGAUGCGCGAAUAUCCGAAGUAUAUUCAGCUUUUUUGCAGAA